UCACUGACCAACCUUUACUCCCGACAUAAAAGAAAAAAAAAAACAAUUUCCUUCCAAAGACCGACAUCGACAUAUAAAAAUAUAAGGGAAUAACAAUUAAUUGCCAAAAGAAAAUUUCUUUGGUAAAAUCCAAAAGAGAGUAUAUAAAUCUUUGUAGACAAGCACGUUCCAAAUUACACACAUCGACUCAAUACUUAGUGACUACUCAAAAAUGCCAAUCACCACCAGCUCCCAAAGCUUCACCAGCUUCGCUAAUGGCUGGCUGAUUCGCCACAGGCAUUUCGUCGAACAGCUUACAUGCGCUUCUUCCUUCGACGAAACUAACCGCAUCACUCUCCAAGACCAACAAUUUCUCGUGACCCAGUUCCUAACUCACUGUCUUCAAUACUACCAAGAAAAAUCCUCCGCCGUCUCCGUCGCCGGAGACAACGUCUUCACCUUCUUCUCCCCGCCGUGGUUCACCUCCUACGCUAAGCUCAUUCUCUGGGUCGGAGACUUCAAGCCUUCGCUGGUGUUCAAACUCACGGACUCCUCCGUCGACGACCUCACUCGCCGCCAGAAAGACCGGAUCUCGAGUCUCCGGUCGGAGACGAGGAGGAAAGAGAGAGACGUGACGCGAGACUUCGCGCUGGUUCAGCAGAGCGUGGCGGAUCCGCCGGUGGUGGUGGCGGCGAGAGGAGUGGGGGAGGGGAUGGUGGACGGGGAAGAGUCGGAUUUGGAAGAGGCGAUGGAGGUGCUUAAGAACGGGAUGGCGGCGGCGAUGAACAGCGCGGAUGAGCUGAGGUGUGCGACGGUGGGGAAAGUGGUGGAGAUUCUUACGACGUCGCAGGCGGUUAAGGUGUUGAGGACAAUCGGAGAGCUUCAUCUUCGCUUGAGGGAGUUGGUGGGUUUGGAGAGUGACCAAGAAUGACAACGAAUGUGCUAUGCUCUUUCAACACCACCAUGGAUGAUCUGAUCUUUAUAUAUUUUUUUAAAAGCAUGCCAAUUUGGUUGUAGAGUUGUAGUGAUUAAAGUGAUGUCAUGUUAUGUUUUCGCUUAUUUUGUUCCAACAUCCUAUGGAACUUAUAAUGUUGGCCAUGUCAUUUAUAAUAAGUUGCAUGUUAUUUGUCAA